AUGCAACAUCAGAGAAUCGGCGUCUACAAGGUCGUUCUCUUGCUGAUCUAUGGAUGUUGCUUCUGGUUCCUUAUGAAGCAUCUAUUGUGGAGCUAUGUUACGCGCCUACUCAAACCGUACUAUCGGAUGGAAUACGCCGACCUCUUGGACCGGAUAGAACUCGAUUGUGAUGGAAUACUUCACAAUAAUCGGAGCGUUGUCCAAGAAGCCAAACUAAUGCAGUAUAAUACGCAUGCUGUAGAAAAACUUAUAUUAGAUGCUGAUGAUAGUUUCGCAAGAGAACUCGACUAUCCUCUGGCAUAUGGCUUAAUCGUCUACAAAAACGUCGUCCCAACUCUUUUCAUGCUCAGCUCUUUCUAUCGACCUCAGAAUGAAUACUGUAUAGCCGUCAGCGGAGGAGCUGACACGAUGUAUAAACUUCUCAUAGAUGAAGUCGAUGCAUGUUUUGACAAUAUUCGUUUCAGUGCUAACUGGGGAUCAUAUGAAAUCAUCAACUCGACUACUAUGCUAUGUCUUUGA